ACGUAUAAUCUAGUGGACGGGACGCUCCUUCAACAACAACAGCUAGUCAGACACCGCGGUAGCUUUCUAGCAAACAUAGCUACAACAUUCACGCUCUUUACACUGUUUUGGUGUAUAUUAGUCGCUGUGUAUUAAACACACUUCUGUUGUAUGUACUUGUUGGACCAUUUAAUUAUAUAUUUACGUUGUUUGUCAGCUAGCUGGUUUGCUAAGUUAGCUUAGAACUAGGCUGGUCAGCCACCUUUCUAGACAAAAUAGUCGUUGUAUAGUUGCACCUGUGUUUUAAAAAUACGUAUGUCUUAUAGCUAGCUAGCUAGUUUCCCCAUUUAAUUUCAUAUAUACGUUGUUAGGUAGCUGGCUUGAUAAAUUAGCCUAUCACUAGGCUAACGAACGCUAGCUAGUUAGCUAUUAUCCCCGACCAUGAGUUCACUAAGCUACUCUCCUCCUGCUACAGAAGAGGACGUCUGCUGGACGGAGAAAGAAGUUCUCGUGAAAGAGGAGGCUGUUACAAUACAAAAACAAGUAGAGGGUGAGGCUGUUACCGUGAAAGAAGAGGAAGACGCGUUCAGAGUGAAAGAGGAGGAGGAUGUUACAGUGAAAGAAGAGGAGGAAGAUGCAGUUUUUGGAGUGAAGGAGGGAGAGAUAACUGUCACAUUGAAAGAGGAGAAGAAGGAAGAACAAGAACAGAAGGAGGAGACAGGCGAUCUGAUUAAGACCAGUUAUAUCAGCUGUGUCGGUGAACCCCUACAGCAUCUGAACUGGCUACAUAGAGGGCACAGCAUGAUCAGAGAUAUGUUUUGAUGUGAGAGGAUGCCAACCGCUAGUCCCAUCAUCGCCACCUCACCUGCUUUUAAGAUAACCUUUGGGCCAUCUAGAGACACUAUUAUGUAAUUGUGAUGAACUGAGAGAAUAUUUAGGUAGCACUGUGAUUCAUUAAUCAUGUGCUGCCUUCCCUGCUCCUAUGUGCUUACCUCUUUCCCUUUCUGUCUUUUACACCUCUCUCUCCACCUCUUUCUUCCUCUGUUUUUAUAAUGCACAACAGAUGUGCAUUGAAGUACAGAUUGAACUUGUAUUUAUAACACUUGGAUAAUGAGCUUUUCAAUCAAGCGUUUCACAUUCUCUACUGGUUGAAAUGAAGUGUAAUGUGAUGAAAUACUCUACCUAUCCUGUGUUUAUCAGAUCAAUGCAGAUGAAGGGCAUUAGAUGUUGAGAUGAACCGGUGUUAGAGUAUUUACAUGAUGCAUAGGAAGUGUAGUGUACUGUUUUUUAACAUUACAGUAUAUUUCUGUAUAUAUGAAUUAACAAGUUAAAUCCUGUUUCUAGUUUAUUAGUUACAAUGUGUAACCAUUGAUGUCCCAGGACCAAGAUUGGUAAACACUGUUGAAGUGUAUAAUUGUAAUACAAACAUGCAGACACAGCGUCAUUCAAAGACUGGAAUUUGAUACUCCUGGUAUUGGAUAUGACUGAAUAAUACUCUCAAAGACAUUCAUACCUAAACUGCACCUUUAUUUGCCAAGGUAGAGUACAUGAUCAGUGAAUAUAUUAAAUGUACAGGCUACAAUGUGGGGAUCUCAUGCAUGGUAAUAACUACAUGUAUACAAUAACGACUUGCAUUCUUGGCACAACAUGAUAUUAUAUUCUACUCAAUC